AUGCAAGUAGAUUUGGUUCUUAAAAGCCAUUAUAUUAUUACCAUUACCCUUGCUGGAAUUGGUUGGAUUGUGCUUCUUGGUGGUGCUAGUGCCAUCACAGCCUUAUAUAAUGAUACUAUGAAUGCUUAUAGCAGCUAUAGUUAUUCCCCUGCUAGUUCUCCAAUGAGUGGUGUUUUUGCUACCCUUUGGUUAUAUGUGAUUUAUCAAUUUGUAAUCAUAACUGAAGAUGAUUCUACUUUAAUCAGAAAUAUUGACGAAUAUUACGGAAAUAUAAAAAAUGAGAAAGAUUCUACUGGCACUAGGUUCGCACCUCAACCAACACCAAUGUAUCCUUCUGACUUUAGAAAUAUUUAA